GUUCCAGCAGGCAGGAUGCUGGGGAUGGCACGGCCACCAGGAAACUCUGCUGGAGCUUUGAGCAGGCUGGAGAGUCAGUUGCUCCUGUGAUAACUAUUUUGUGGUCUCAGGAUUUCCAGCUCUUAUGCACAAAUUGCAGGUUAUCAGGACACAAGCUACAGAUAAAAGUAUGUAUGUAUUUAAAUACCAACUGCUCCCUUGUCCAAAGUUCAAGCUUCCAUAAAACAAGGAAAACACACCUGAAAAGUAUUUGUCUGCAAUAUCAGCUGUAUCUUCUUCUGAACAGCCAUUUCUUUUGCCUUUUAAAGAAUGAGAUGAGACUAAUCAUCAUCUUCCUAUGUGCUUAUGUACCAAAGACAGCAGCAGGUCAUUGCAAGUGGACGGAAGUUCUGAAAGAUUUGGAGCAGAUCAAGGCAUCCAAAGACAUUGAUGUCAGUUUAUAUACUGCAAACACAGAUGAGGAUAAAGAAUGCCAAGAACCUGUAAUAAGAUGCUUUUUCUUAGAGACAGAAGUGAUUCUUCAAGAAUGUCGUAUUAAAAAUUGUAGUAAAACACAGGAUGUACUGAACAUAUGGAAAAAUGGAAAUGCAAGCUUAGAAAAUAACAAGGAACGUGGAAGCCGUGUCGUACGUGCCAUCGUGAAGACCGCCACCAGUAUAAAGGGACUGCCAAGAGGAGGGAGGCGCGCCUUUGCCCACCGCCACAGAACAAGAGAUGUGGACUCUCCCGAGACGGACCUCCGAGACGCUGUGGACCCACGCCGCGCCUUUGUCCAUGGGACGCUGUGGACCCGCGUCGUCGUCCGCCGUCGCAGAACGAGUGAUUUGGACCCCUUUCCCCACCGAGACACUGUGGAUCCGUGGCGGUGACUAUUCCUACGAUUCUACCCCGGAGUCUUGCUUGGUUUUCUGCCUUUCUUUUCUGCCCUGUCCUAUCGCUCCUAUCGGUUACCUUUACCUUUUCUUUUUUACUCUUUUCAUAAUAAAAACUGUUUCUGGUAUACGG